UUGGAACAUGGGGAAUGAACUGCCUGCUAAGGUGAUAAAUUUCCCACUCUUUGGAAUUAUUUAAGCAGAGUCUGAAUUAUCACUUGUCUGGGCUGCAGUAUUGAUCAUUCCUUCACCAGAAGGGAGGUUGGAGGUGCUGACCUGUAAGGUCCUUUCCAACCCUUAGAUCCUAUGACAAUGAGAAGUAUUUUUAAAAAAUUACAUUUGAAGGAGUUAAGUUUCUAUCAUUGGAAAACUCAUUUCUGUGGCAAUACUUAUUUCCUGAUAUUGCCAGGCCUAGGAUCUUAAAGAAAAUAUAAAUGCAGUUUGGAUAGUAGGUACUUGGGAUUUUCUGUGUCACAAGAUCAUAGGGUUCUAGGGUCUCAUGAGGAGGGCAGUUCUGCUGCCAGCUAAACAAGGAUACAGAGCCAAUGAAAUGAACAAGAUAUUAGCCACAGAGGGCUGAAAAUCUAAGCCAGUGGAUCUCAAACUUGAACAUGCAUCAGAGUCACCUGGAGGGCCUUUUAAAACACAGAUUGUUGGACUCCACCCCAGAGUUUCUGACUCCAUAUGUCUGGGGUGAUGCCUGAGAAUUUGCAUUCCUAAUGAGUUCCCAGGAGAUGCUGAUGCUGCUGAUCUGGUGACCACAUUUUGCGAACUACUGAUCUAGAAGAAAGGCCACUGGCCUGGGAGGCAGAAGCCCUGAGUCUUUAUCUAGGCUUUGCCCCUAAGAAUUAUUUCUGUGAGGAAGUUCCUUCUUCUCUCUGAGUCUCAAUUCUCUGAUUUGUAAAAUGGUGGUGGGGUGGACUAAAUGAACUCUAAGGUCCAAUCCAGCUCUAAGAUGCUAUAUUUGAAUAGUAUCUACCAUUUAUUGAGCCUUUACUCCCUGUUAGCCCCUGUACUGAGAGCUUUAUAUGAAUUCAAUCAUUGAAUCUUCACCAAGAUUAUAUGAGGUAGGCACUAGUAUUAUAACCAUUAUACAGAUGAAGAAACUGAGGCUUGACAAGAGUCACAUAGAAUACAUGGUGGAUUGAAGACUUGACCAUAGAUUGAUCUGGCUCUGGAGCCUGUGCUAUUAUCCACUCAGCUGUAGAACCUCACUGAGAAUCUUGGGGUCUUUUCUCUGUGUCUGCCUCACUCUGUGUUCCAGAUGGAAAACACGAUCAAACAGUCUGAGAAUGAUCUAAACAAGCUGCUAGAGUCUACCCGGCGGCUACAUGAUGAGUAUAAGCCGCUGAAGGAACAUGUGGAUGCCCUGCGCAUGACUCUGGGUCUGCAGAGGCUCCCUGACCUAUGUGAAGAGGAGGAGAAGCUCUCCUUGGAUUACUUUGAAAAGCAGAAAGCAGAGUGGCAGACAGAGCCUCAGGAGCCCCCCAUCCCUGAGUCCCUGGCCGCUGCAGCCGCUGCUGCCCAACAACUCCAAGUGGCUAGGAAGCAGGACACUCGGCAGACAGCCACCUUCAGGCAGCAACCCCCACCAAUGAAGGCCUGCUUGUCAUGUCAUCAGCAAAUUCACCGGAAUGCACCUAUAUGCCCUCUGUGCAAAGCCAAGAGUCGGUCCCGAAACCCCAAAAAGCCAAAACGGAAGCAGGAUGAAUGAAG